GUUAAGGUGACGCGGCAACUUGAUUCGGUGUACAACUUCAUGAAGCUCUUCGUUGUUUUUGGCUGAAUUUUUGUCUAAUUACAAAGCAAUAUGAGUGCUGUUCGGCCAGGCACUGCAUCCCGUCUAAAAUCAGCCCAAAUACAAGGUGUCCGAGGUAGAACAAUCGGUGGAGCUACUUUAAAUACUAUAGUGUGUGUUGAAGAUAGGCCAAUCACACAACAAGGUUUAGGUGGGCUUAGAAAUGCAACUCGUGGACCUAAACGUCAGAUUGAAGAUAAAUCGUAUUUUCUGGGACUGUUGAGGGGGAAAAUCAAUGAACUAAGCUCAGAGCUGGGGACAAUAACACGUCAGUUGGUGGAAAAAGAGGAAGAGAAUGCUAGUUUUAUACAAUAUGAGCGAAUGGCAGAAAAGUUGGCAUAUGAAAUCAAAGAACUGCAGGGUGAAUUAGGCGAUUAUAAUACUCUUGUUGAUAAAGCAACCUUAGGUGAUAAUAAUAUUACAAGUAUUGAAAUGGAUUUGGAUGAUGUCAGUACUGCCAAUGAACGUGCUGAACGAAAUUUAGAAAUGUUAUUUGAAGAUCGUCAACGACGUGAAUCAUCAUUAAAAUCAUGUGAACUAGAGUUAAAACAAGAACAACAAAUGUCUGAAAGUGUAAUCCAAGAUAUGGUUGCUACAGAACGUGAACGUUAUUUCAAAUUGAAGGAUUUAAAUGUUCAUCUUUUGAAUCAAUUAACUGAAGGUCAAGCAGAGUUGGAGAGAUUGAAUGCAAGAAAAGCUGAUCUGGAAGAAGAAAUAAGUACAUCACCGAUUAAACAAGAAGCUGUUCGCCUGUUUACUCAACUACGUGAAGCACAAAUUAGACGAGACCAAUUAUUAUCAGAAGAGGCAUCCAAAGAAGAUCCUGAAAAAGAACGUCAACGUCUAUUGCAACAAGUUAAAAAUGAUAAUCAAGAGAUCUCGGCGAUUGAUAAACAAACACAUGAAAUUCAAGAGAAGAUUACUAAUAAAGAAGAGGAAUUACAUCUCCUAGAACAACAAUUAGAUGAAAAUUAUAAUGAAAGAGAUCAGAAAUAUCGUGAACUAAAAAAACGUGAACAACAAAUUGAUGAAUUUUUGCAAACAUUUGAUCAUUUAAAGUCUGUAGAAGUUCGUGGAAUCAAUGAAAUGGAGUCAACAAUUGUUGACAUUCUACAAAGAACAUCAAAUUAUAUCACAAGUAUCAAUCAAAUUACACCGAAUCUCGAUUUGGAUUUAUCAUCAGUUGAAUUAAUUGUUCAACCUGAAAUGAAUAAUAACCAGACCAGUAGUGUUAUAAAUUGUCUAAGUGAUGAUAAUGUCAAAUCUGAAGAAUAUACUAACAACUUAAUCAAAGAGCGUAUACGUUUAAAUCAAGAUUUAUUGAAAGUUGAUCAUUUAGAACGUAAAAUUACAGAGGAAAUGGAAACACUGAAAAAACGUAUUACUAAAAUGGAAGAAGAAAUCAUACUGUUCAGUGAUUUGGAUAAAGCGCAUAAAAAUGCGAAUUGUAAAAGAAAAAGUUUAAAUGAAGAAAAAUCACGUCUAGAUAAGUAUCGUGACAAUUUAAACAAAUUAAAUCAACAAUUAUCCGUGGAAUAUUCAAAUUUACAAGCAAAUUUAACUGAACAAGAUACAUAUGUACAUUUAACUAAUUUAGAACGUCGAUGGGUACAACAUGAACAAGUGAAUUAUAGUUUAAAUGAAUUCAUUGCUAAUAAACGUAUAGAAACUGAUUCCACUGAGAUGGCUCAACGUGCAAUGGAAUUAGUUAGAAAUUAUAAUGAAAGUUUAAAAUGUUCACUUGCAUCAAAACCUGUUAUUGCUUAAAUUAAUUCUGCUUGAAUACAUUUUCUUACAAAGAAAUCAUACAUAUGUAGUCUUA